AUGGGAGGAUGGGAUUCUGUCUUUUCUCCGGAGGGAAAAGAAGCAAGGCUGGUUUGUGGGGGGGUCCCGGCUCAUUCGAGGUGCGUCCAGAGAGAGUCCAGAGAGCAGCCCACACAGAAGUCAGGGGUGAGGGUCAGGGGUGGUCCCGCCUGCUGUCACGGCACAAAGGGAGGAGGAGGGAGGGGGGAGAUCAGUGCCUUGGGGUCUGAACCAGAGCAGAUCCCGGCAGUCACAGAUGAUCAGGGCGUAGCAGGAGACUAG